AUUCGUCGGCUCCUUCCCCUGUUCAUUUAGCAUGCAAAUUAAAUCUUAUAAUUUAUCCUUCUUCUUCGGGUUUUGAUGCUGGUCUCGCUCAUCUUUUUCCUCCAACUACUCACUUGUUUAUCUUUGCAAACGCUCAUUAUCCACAUUCUUUUGUUACUUUCUUACAAUGUCUCCCGUUUUCGCGUCUUCUGGCUCAAGUAUCAUUUCCACCCCGUUUUCUCUGACCCUGCAGGUCAUCCCGCCCGCUCUCAUGCUGAUUCUGCCGCUAGUGUCGGCUGUCCUUCUGGCUCAUUCAUCUCCUUUUAAUCGCAACAAAAUUGUCCCAAACAUUCUUUUGGCGCUCAAUACUGUCCUACCAGCCAUUACUAGUGGAUUUGGCCUCGGAGCGUCGCUCAACCAUGUUCAGCUCCUUCAGCGCUCCUGGAAUGUCUUGUUGGCCUUGUAUGCGUGUCUCUUAUCUUUGAGUUCCCUGUACGUAUUGUUCGUAGCCACCACGCCAGAUUCCCUGGUUCCCUACCGUGCCUUUCGCUUCGUGGCGGUCAUGGUGACAACAUUCCUCGCCUGCGCAACAAUCGCUGGCUCAAUUGCAAGCACUCCUACUUUGCUUUCACCCACGUUCUCUCUUAUCUCACGAAGUCUUCAACUGCCUCUCGCUAUUGGAAUCUUCCUUGAUAUACGCUCCGCUAUUGCUGUUGCAGCUCCAUUCACCAAGACAUGCGAGAAAGAUCGAGCGGGUCCCGAGAGCUCAGUUCGCCCAACCAUCUGUCCGAAUGGAUCUAGACGGGUCAGCUCACCCACUCCUGACACCUGGCCCUUUCCAGGCUCAUUGGCGCAUACUCAGCUGACAUGCAACCAGUCGUCGGCCAAGAGUGUAAAAGCUAUUGCAAAUCUACCCCCGUCACUCACGCUCACUCACUCAGGCCAAGAAAAUGGUGUGAUACCUGAGGGAGCGGCGGAAAUCAGCUGGCGUUGCAAGGAGAUGCGUCUUCCCGUUACCAUGUUAGCAGCGCAGGUAGCAGCUGUGGUGUGCGCUGCCUUGAAAAUCGCUUUAGUAAUUAUUGCAAAGAAUUCCCCAUCGUGGGCCGCUUUGCAAGCUCGCGAUUCAGUGACAACAUCGCGACUAUCGGAAAACUCUGACGUAACGGUUGCCGCUGGACUUGUUAUCGCUCACUCCAUCUGUUCGUUGGUCUGGGCAGUGGGAGUGGUCACUAGCCUUUAUUUACUUCCGUCUGUCGUCAAGCAGGCCUUACCAACUUCUGUCAAACGUACAAUGGACUCUUCGGUGCCGAAACCUACAGAACUUCCCAGCCAUCGCACCCCAAAGCACUCAUUUUCGCGGGGCAUGUCUUCGGACUCGGCCUCUGAUUUUCUCUCCAUGAGGGAUCCUUUCGCUUCCCCUCCUCCCCCGCCUCCCCCCACUGUCGGCCUUGGGCUUGCCGAUUUGAAUCAUGUGCAAUUUUGUGACGUGGCGGCCCAAUAUCGUUUUCCCGCGCCCAAAGCUAGGAAGGCUAAAGGAGGACGCAAGAGACGAAUAGGAUUGAGGGUGAGAGCGUUGGAACACCAAGCCUCGGCACAAACUCUACUCCCUUCUCGCCCCCCUCCAGCUCACAUCAAUGAGGGAGAACGCGGUCUUGGAGAUGAGGCCCUAUUGGCACAACUUCUUUUGCAGUCUCUGACAGCGGAUACUGAAGCGGAAGUGCAACCCAGCAGCCCAACAAGCGCGGCAGCAACGAGCCAUGUGUUAUCUUUUCCUGAGCCUACUGCGCAUGCCGAGAGGAUGGGAUCGAGGUGGAGUGCUAGCACAGCGGCUCUAUCGGUAUCGACAGGCACUGUUUGGAGCGAAAAGAAAUCACGGGCUUCUACUAGUACUUCCGCCUCCGCACGUGCAAGUGGGAGGAAGAGUUCGGAGGCAAGGAAAUCAUCCGCUACAGGGUUCUCGGCUUCCUCCGUCCCAUCGACCUAACUAAGACGGCCUGUUCCUUUACGCCCACUACUUCCUUGGCGGCUUCUGGUCGUCCCUUACGGUUCUUAACUCCUUUUGUGUUGACUCGAUGCCCAUCCAACCUUCUGCGUUUACCAGCUACGCGGUCACCACUGUCCUUACUCGUCGUCAUUGUAUUUCGACCGUCUACACUCUCUGAUAUGUUUUCGCCAUCGCCAUCACGCUCGACUCUCUAUUGGACUUUUGCAUGGUAUCACCUCAAUUUCAUCGCACCCCGUGUUGUACUCCACAUCUUUCAUUUUCCUCUCAUACUUCUACUUUACUGUAUGUAUCACUGUACCUUUUCACGGUAGUGUGGUCGAGUCCCCCGCAUGUUUUCACUUCGUUGUUAGGUAUGUUUUAAUUUUUCGUAUUUUAACGCACGGUUUUUUUCGCGUACUGUUACAAGUUUUUACGGGAUGUAGUUGUUGGGUAGUGUACAGUUGUACUGAGAAAGUCGAAUCACAGAUCUCAG